AGAAGACAAAGAAGAAAAAAAGGAAAGAGAAAACAUCAAAGUCAAUGACCAAAGAUGGAGAGGGUGAGCUGGAACUUCUAAUGAUGGAUGAAGAAACUGACAACAGGAAACAUUUCAACCUAAAGUCAAUCAUGAAAGAAUCAAACAGAAAGAAGAAAUUAUCUGGGGAGCAAAAGCCAGAGGGAGAUUUUCAGAUAAAUGUGAUGGACGAUAGAUUUACCGCCAUUUUUGAUUCCCAUCUGUACAACAUUGAUCCAUCAGCCUCAGAAUUUAAAAAGACUAAAUCAAUGGAGGCCAUUAUUGAAGAGAAACUAAAGAGAAGGACAUCAGGAAAAACCCAAAAAACCGUCAGCGUACAAAAACGGAAAUUAGAGAGUGAUAAUAUUAUCACUGGACACUCGGGGAAAUCUGAGAAGCCAGAUUCAGACAGCAUAUCAUCUCUUAUUCACUCUGUUAAAUCUAAAACACAGACAUUUCAGAACAAGAAAAGGAAAAAAUAGAUAAUUGAAGAAUUAAAUUAUAAAAAAAACACCAUUGACAUGAUCUAGUAAUUAAUAAAACUUUUAAACAUAUUUUGUUAAUGAAUAAAUGUACAUUUUUAAAGCUUAAAAUAUUGUUCAAAAAAAAGAUUAACAUUAAACUACAUUACAGUGGAAUCAU